GAGCUUGUCCCAAAUGGAAGGUAUCGUGCUCAAAACUCAAAAUGGCGGCGCAAUUCAGUAGUGUUCUUCGAUUGACUGAUUUAGACGAUUUUAUAACUCCAUCUCAAGAGUGUGUGAAGCCAGUUAAAAUUGAAAAAAAGGCAGGAGGCGUUGCCAAGAUUCAAGUUGAAGAUGAUGGAAGUUAUUAUCAAACAAAUUACACCGGAAGCAAAACAAAACUCGAGAAAGCAAAAAUAACAUUGAACGACUGUCUCGCUUGCAGUGGAUGUAUAACCUCAGCAGAAAGUGUGCUUAUCACGCAACAAAGCCACGAAGAAUUGUACAGAAUCAUUGAUGAAAAUGCCAAACUCUCAGAUUCAGAAAAGAAAUUGAUCGUUGUUAGUGUAUCGCCACAAUCUAGAGCAUCAAUUGCAGCGAAAUUUAAUCUCAGCGUCAAAGACACUGCCAUGAAAUUGAACAGAUUUUUUAAAGAUCUCGGGGUACAUUAUGUGUUGGACACGACAUUUGCGCGCAACUUCAGUUUGAUUGAAACUCAAAAAGAAUUUGUAUUGAAAUAUCGCGACAGUCAACAUUCGUCAACAAUUAUACCUCUGUUGACGUCAGCCUGUCCUGGUUGGAUAUGUUAUGCUGAGAAAACACAUGGAAAUUUUAUACUUCCUUACAUAAGCAGCGUCAAGUCUCAACAAGUUACUGGUAGUCUUGUCAAGCAAUAUCUUGGUGACAUAAAAGGAAAGUCACCUGAUCAAAUAUAUCACGUGACAGUCAUGCCCUGUUUUGACAAGAAAUUAGAAGCCUCCAGGGAAGACUUCUACAAUGAUAUUUAUCAAACACGUGAUGUUGAUUGUGUCAUUACAUCCUUGGAACUUGAAAAAAUGUUUGAAGAGAAAGUGUUGGAUUUCCCUUCUUUAGUUUCACUACAAUGUGAUGAUGUAUUUGGUGAAUGUGGUGAUGAAAUUCGAAACCAUGCUGGCGGUGGUUCUGGUGGUUAUUUGGAGCAUGUGUUUAGCCAUGCUGCCCUUGAACUAUUUGGAAUAAAAGUUGAAAGUCUCACUUAUAAAACUCUAAGAAACAAAGAUUUUCAAGAGGUGAUUCUAGAGCAAGAUGGAAAAGUUCUCCUCAAGUUUGCUCUUGCUUAUGGUUUUCGCAACAUUCAAAACCUUGUCCAGAAGCUAAAACGAAAGAAGUGCCCUUAUCAUUUUGUUGAAGUUAUGGCAUGUCCAUCUGGAUGUGUUAAUGGUGGUGCUCAAAUACGACCAGACGAAAAUGAAAUGCCUAAAGAUUUGAUAGAAAGAGUUUCACAAUUGUACUGUUCGGUUAAAAACUUCAAACCUGAGCAAGAUGAGAGGGUGAUGGCAAUUUAUGAAAAUUGGCUUGGCGGGAAAAAUUCAGAGAAUUGCAAACAUAUUCUUCACACAAGUUAUCAUGCAAUUGAGAAGAAUGUCACUGCUUUAGGAAUUAAAUGGUAGGAAGGGGGUUGUGCCAGAAAAUUUAUUAAGCUUGUGAGAGAAAAUAAAAUCUUUAUGCAACCAAUUUAUCAAAAUUAUAUUCAUUUUGUAUUCUUUUCCAUUCAUGCUACAAAAAACAAGUAUUUGGUUUUAUUGUAGUACAAUCCUGUUACUUAUUAUUAUGGUUGUGUUAUUUUGGUACUAUUCUAUAAUAUUAUCAUUGUGAUAGUAUUCUGGUAAUGCUAAUUAUUCAAUACCUAUUACUAACCAUCAGAAUUGAAUAAAUAUAUAAUUUGAUUAAAA